GGCACUGUUACUAAGCGUAUAAUUUGGUGUGGCAGGAUUGAUGAGCGGGAAAGGGUUGACCUUCGCGAGUUCUUCUCUUCUGGAAUCGUCUUCUUCAGUUCUUCUUCUCCGAGUCUCCGACGGUCCAGAAGCCAAAAGCCGUCUUGCCUCUCUCAGCCUAGGUGGUUAACCGCUCACUCCCUCAGUGCAACUUUCAAUCUCUCAAAGUCAAAGUCUGUGCUACCAAUGGCUAGAAGGACAGUCCAUGAAGCCUUCUCUUCAUCUUCAUCUUCCACCUUCUCAAAAAAAUGGAUGUAUGAUGUGUUCUUGAGCUUCAGAGGUGAAGACACACGGAACAACUUCACAGGCCACCUCUACAUGGCAUUGCAAAAUGCUGGAAUCAGCACUUUUGUUGAUGACCAGCUAAGAAGAGGGGAGGAUAUAACUUCUCAAUUAGUGCAGGCAAUUCAAGGGUCCAGUAUUUCUGUUAUUGUUUUCUCAAGCACAUAUGCAGAAUCCACUUGGUGUCUGGACGAGCUGGUGAAGAUCAUGGAAUGUACACAAACAUCGAGGCAAAUGGUUUUCCCAAUAUUCUAUGAUGUUGAUCCGUCAGAUGUCAGGAAACAGAAUGGUAAUUUUGCACAAGCAUUUCAGAAACAUGAAGAGCGCUUUCUGUCAGAUAUGGAUAAAGUGCAGAGGUGGAGAGCUGCUCUUGUUGAAGCUUCAAAUUUGUCUGGCUGGGACCUUCAAAAAACCGCAGAUAGGCAUGAAGCAAAGUUUAUCAGGAAAAUUGUUGACGAGAUUACUAGACAGCUUCCGAGUGAAUACUUAAACAUAGCUGUCUACCCGGUUGGAAUGCAUUCUCGUGUGCAAGAUAUAAAUCAUCAUUUAUGUAGUGCAUCAAAUGAUGUUCGUAUGGUUGGAAUUUUGGGGAUGGGUGGAAUGGGUAAAACAACAGUUGCCAAAGCCAUAUAUAACCAGUUUUACCAUGACUUUGAAGGUAAAAGUUUCCUUGCAAAUGUUAGGGAAACUACAAAGCAAACCAAUGGUGAGGUUCUUUUGCAAGAACAACUUCUUUCUGAUAUCUUGAGAACAACCAAGAUAAAGGUAGAUAGUGUUCAUAGUGGGAUCAAUGUGAUCAAGAAAAAACUUAGGGGUUUAAGGGUACUUGUCAUAAUUGAUGACAUUGAUCGAACAAGCCAACUGAAUGCGUUGGCUAUAAACCCUAUAAACCAUGCAUGGUUUGGUCCAGGAAGUAUAGUCUUAAUAACAACAAGAGAUGAACAGUUGCUAAAGCAACUGAGAGUGGAUGCAAUCUAUUUGACAGAAGCAAUGAAUGAAGAAGAAGCUCUUGAGCUCUUUAGUUGGCAUGCUUUUGGUAAUAGUUGUCCUGAUGAAGAAUAUUUAGAACUCUCAAGAAGUGUGAUCACAUAUUGUGGGGGUUUGCCACUAGCUCUUGAAGUAUUAGGAUGUUUCCUGUUGGGAAGGAGCAUUAUAGAGUGGGAAAGUGCACUGGAGAAAUUGGAGAGAAUUCUUGAUAAUGACCAAAUAUGGGAAAAGCUCCGAAUCAGCAUUGAUGGACUAAAUAAGGAUGGAAAGGAAAUAUUUCUUGACAUAGCUUGUUUCUUUAUUGGAAUGGAUAAGAACUAUGUCAUACAAAUAUUGGAUGGUUGCGGCUUUUCCGCAGAAAUAGAAAUCAGAGUCCUCAUUCAACGGUGUCUUGUAACUGUUGGUGAAGCAAACAAGCUGAUGAUGCAUGAUUUACUUCGAGAUAUGGGUAGAGAAAUGGUACGUGCAGAAUCUACUAACCUCCCUGGAAAACGUAGUAGAGUUUGGCGUCGGGACGAUGCAAUAGAUGUACUGACAGAUAAAUCUGGAACUGAAGAAAUUCUAGGAAUCACUCUAAAUGUAUCUGGACAUGACAAUGUAAGUUUUAGUACAGAAGCAUUUACGAAUAUGAAGAAUGUGAGAUUUCUCCAACUGAACUACGUACAAGUCAGUGAAGACUACAAAUAUCACCCCAUGCGCCAGUUAAGAUGGUUGUGCUGGCAUGGGUGUCCUCUGGACUUCAUACCACAUGACUUUAUGCAACAAAACCUAGUUGCUAUUGAACUACAGUAUAGCAACCUCACACAAGCUUGGAAAGAUUGUGAGUUACUUGGGAAGCUAAAGAUUCUUAAUCUCAGUCACUGCUAUGGCAUAACACAAUUGCCAAACUUUUUGAAACUCCCAAAUCUAGAGCAGUUGAUACUUGAACACUGUGAGUGCUUGUCCGAGGUUCACGAGUCCAUUGGAGAACUUAAAUCACUUUUUUUUGUAAAUUUGCAAGACUGCAAAAUGCUUAAGGAUCUGCCAAGGAGUUUCUAUAAGUUGAAGUCUAUUGAAACUCUUCUCCUCUCAGGUUGUUCAAAAUUUGAAACCCUGGAGGAAAACGUAAGGGAGAUGUUAUCACUGACUACUCUUUUCGCAGAUUUCACAGCUAUAAGAAUAAUACCAUCCAUGGUACGGUUGGAGAACCUGGAAUCAUUGUCUCUAUGUGGCCUCAAAUCUUUAUAUCUGGAAUCACCUCCUUUGUUACAGGGAUUAGUUCAUUUAAAGGAAGUAUAUCUUACAGACUGCAACUUAACUGAUGAUGUAGUAUUUCCUAAGGAUCUCGGGAGAACUCAAUCUUCUUUAGAAGUUUUAGAUCUAACUGGAAAUAAUUUUCAUAGCCUUCCAAGAUUAAGUGGCCUUUUGAUGCUUCAAGUUUUAUCAUUGGAAAACUGCAAUUUAACUGAUGAUGCAAUUCCACAAUUUGGGACUCUACCUUCUUUAGUAAAAUUGGCUCUAGGAGGCAAUAAAUUUUGUUGGCUUCCAAGCCUCGAGGGCCUUUUGAAGCUUGAGAUUCUACUUCUGAAUGAUUGCAAAAACCUUCAUGCAAUCCCUAUGUUACCAACAAGUUUGAAGAGGCUGAAUGCUGAUGACUGCAUCGAGUUGAUACGAAUCCCAAAUUUGUCCGAAAUGUCAAAUAUGACGAUGCUGCAACUAAAUGGGUGUGUCAGCUUGAAUGAGUUACCAGGCUUGGAUGAGUCGUUAAACUGCAUGAUGACACUGAGAAUGCUAGGUACCAACAACGUCACCAAGGAUUUUCUUACUGAGAGCUUCUUACAGGGAUGGACAGGAUCUGGUGUAAUUUAUCUUCCUGGAAAUGUAGUCCCGGAGUGGUUCCCUGAUUUCAGGGGUACCGAACAUUUCAAUAUGCCUCAGAUCAUUGGUUGCAAUUUCAACGUGUUGACUCUGUGCAUCGUUUAUUCUUCGUGUCAUGACGAAUUACCUUCCUUUGAGAUUUUCAUACAUAUUAUUAAUUGUACCAAGAAGAGGAAAUUUGUCACCCAGAUAGAAGGCAUAGUAAAAGCUUCAGAUGAAGAUUAUCUUUUACUGGCACAGAUACCAACCAAAGAGUGCAAUUUGGAAAGUGGCGACCUCGUCAAGGUUGUUGUAAGACCUGAAGAUAGUUAUUUCGAGUGAUUUAUGAUCGUGAUGAUGAUGAGGUGAGGAAAUGACUCGAACAUUUGAUGAAGAGUGACCUCCGAAAAGAUUUGAGUUUUGAUGAACAACAGAUGAGAUGAACUGGAGGAUGUCAGUAGGUUGGGCAUGUGAAGCGAAAAAGGAGAAACAAACAAAAGGUGUUGCUCUUGAACACCAUGUUUCAGGAUAAUUUGAUUUCCCUUGAUGAGUAUUUGUGACAACACUUUACCAGCUACACUACCUGGAUUGGUAUGAAUGCCAUCCUGAUACGAACUUGACUUCAUGGACGUUGGACUUUCAUCAAAGUAAAGUCUUUGGAACAUACAAAUCGGGAAGAGAAGUUGUCUGCAAUGAAGUCGAAGCCAAUGAAACCCCCCAAGCAUCCCGAAAUACGUAGUAAAUUGUGGCACCAUUAAGAUGCAGCAGAUGUAUUGACAGAAAACUCGGUGAGAACUCUCCCAAGGGUUGUUGACAAAAGUAGAGAUUUUUUUCUCACAAGAUUUCUCUUGUUUUUGUUCUCUGAGCAGAGUGUAAGAAUUUAUUUCUGUUUUUUUAUUGACGUCAGUAUAACCAAAUAAAAUGAUUAUCAAGCCUCGAUAAAUAUUUUAUUAUCCCUCAAGUCAACACUGAAUCCCGACCAUUUCCACCCAAGUUGGCCGACGAAGAACAUAUGUGGAGACAAGGAAGAGCUGUUGACUAGGGUUAGAGACUUUAGAAUGGAAGACCUUAGGUGUAGGUUAUUUUGAAAUUCAAAAUUUGAAAGAUGACAAGUGGUCUCUCUCUUACAUCUUACACCUUUAUUUCCCAUUUAUUGUUUUGUUCCCUUGCACAAUGACUUUUCUACCCUUA